UCUAGGCUCCUUCCUGCGCAGCGGAACCUGCGAUAAGGGGGCAAAGGCCGCAUCGGCGCUUUUAGUUUCGCUUUACUUCGUAGCGCAGCGCUGACGUUGAAGGACUUCCCGGUCGUUUCUUCCUCAUGGAGCCCCUGAAGCUGGGAGAAGAACUUUCUGAUCCUUCAUCAUUGCAGAUAGAUGAAGAUAACGAACAAAAUAAUAGUGAUCAAUUGGAUGCAAAGCCAGACAGAAGAGAUCGAUUAUCAAUCUUCGGAAACAAAAAAAAGAAUGGACAGGAACAACAGCCAGAUCCAGAGGCGUCUUUCAGUAACCACUACCGAAUUGUUACCCCAACAUUCCGAUACAGUAUGGACUACAAGAAAGUUGGUAAAUGCAUUAUUAUAAACAACAAGAAUUUUGCAGACUAUACAGGCAUGGGUAGACGAAAUGGCACUGACAAAGAUGCUGGCGAUUUGCAAAAAUGUUUUCAAAAUAUAGGGUUUGAUGUUGUUGUCCAUAAUGAUCAAAGCUGUGAAGAAAUGGAGAAACUGCUCAAACAAGCUGCAUAUGAGAACCACAGCGAUGCUGCUUGUUUUGCCUGUAUCUUUUUAAGCCACGGAGAGGAGGGUCUCAUCUAUGGCAUAAAUGGAGCUAUGCCAAUCAAGAAUUUGACUUCUUUUUUUAGAGGAGACAAGUGUCCUAGCCUUGUUGGAAAACCUAAACUAUUUUUCAUUCAGGCAUGUCGAGGUUCUGAAUUUGAUGAUGGUAUACAGACAGAUUCAGGUCCUUCAAAUGACAAUCUGGAAACUGAUGCCAAUCCCAGAUACAAGAUUCCAGUUGAAGCAGAUUUUUUGUUUGCAUAUUCUACAGUGCCGGGUUAUUAUUCCUGGAGAAAUCCAGGAAAAGGCUCCUGGUUUGUGCAGUCUCUUUGCUCAGUACUGAGCAAGUAUGCAAAACAGCUGGAGAUCCUUCAGAUUCUCACCAUGGUUAACUACAAGGUAGCUACAAGCUAUGAAUCACAGUCUGAUGACCCUCGCUUUAGUGAAAAGAAGCAAGUUCCUUGUGUGGUCUCCAUGCUAACUAAAGAACUGUACUUCUGAAAUCUCAUCUCAAAGGAGAUUAUCAACAGCAGUUCCCAAAAAUCAACUCAAACUCUGGAACCAAUCAGAUGCUGUUCUUCGGAAAUAUGCAAUACCAUGAUUACCUCAAUUGAUAGAUUAGAUACUUUCCUAGGUGCCUCUAAAGUGUGUAUGUGAGUGUACAUUGAUCAGUGCUUAAGUACUUUGUUUAUAUAGACACUAAAAGAAAUAUUGUUAAUAUUUCUCUUGAUUCACUAUGUCCAGGCUAUUUUGUCCACAUCAUGGAAAUAUCUUUAUGUUUCUAUAUUAUUUUAACUUUUUUUCUAGCACUACAUGGAAACCAUCAUAUUUAUUUCACUUAUGUAGUACCUGCAAAGGAAAAAAGGGAGGGUAUGAAUUAUACAGACCUAUGACCAAGGUGUAGUGGAAGGUACUUUUAAGUUUUCAGUAAUUGAAUAUUGAUGUUUACAUAUCAGAGGAUAUUGCCAUUUAACAUCUCUCUAUUGGUCCAAAUAUGGACCUUCUCUAACUGAUGUAACAUUUUAGCCAUUUAUUGUUAGAAUCCUUCCAUUUAAAUCUCUCUCUGCUUUUCUUAGUCUUGAACAAACUAGCCUUAGAAAACCUAGGAACUGCUAAACUGUUUGUUUAUUUUUAUCCAAUAUGGGGGAGGGAUUUGAGUCUAUUUUGAGAUCACUAAACUAUGUGCGACAUUCAAUCUACUUCACACCGUAACAAUUCAUUAACAAAAAUCCAUUGUAAUGUGUAGCUCAGUAGUUAUAAAACUGAACAAAUGCAAACUGUUAGUCUGUUUAAAGUAUGAUGAAAGUAGGCUGAACAAAUGUAGACUGCCAAUCUGAUGGUUUCACAAAGCAAUAAAUAAGUCUGUAGCAAUGUUCAGUGCAAUGUUCAGUGCUAAUGUCUUAAAUCAUAUACUGCUGCUGAAGAACCAUAAUUGUUUGUUUCCAGUACUCAGGAUAGUUACCUCAGUCUCUAAUGCAUAUUCACAGGUUGAACAUUCUCUUAAAGACAGAAGAACCACAUCUUAAUCUAGUACUUCACAGGCCUCAAAUAGUAAAGUAUUGUUUUCCUGUGGCAAGCAUUGUCUCUUGUUUUACAUCUGAUGCUGUGUAACUACUGAAUUUUGGUUAUUACAAGAAAGCUGUUUACUGGGUGCAAAUGCAUCUAUUCUUUGCAUGUACUUACUGGUUUUACUGUUUUCAUUACUGCACAUCACCUCUUAUUUUUUAUUUAAGGAUGAUGUCUAUCUGAUAUAAAUUUGGCCCACAAAAUCUAUCAGCAUCCCAGAAAGUAAAAUCACUAGCCCAAAAAGUUUUUUCACAUUGAAACUGAAACUACAUAAAUGUAAACAAUCAAAAUUUAAUUAGUGAAAGAUCAAUUUAGUUGUUCACAUCAAGAAGAAAUUUUUUUCAGUCACUGUAAAAUGGAAUCCAGUGAAGGGCCAUUGUCUGAAGGGACACUGCAUUAUGGAUUCCAUGAUGAAACUCAAGGCUACAAUGACAUCAGCAAGACAAAACAAAAUAUAGCUGUGGGAUUUCAUGUGGUGGUGACUAGAAUUCACCAUGAAGUGCGAAAGACUGUUUUUUGAAUUUACAUUGACAGUGACUUGUAUAUUUGUUGAAUAGUAUAAAUUUUAAACAGCAGUAGAAUCCUAAGACAAGCAAACGGUAUAAAACAUUCUCAGUUGUUCUAAGAAUUAUUUUUGGCACUUAGAAUUGUUGAAUGCUUCAGAGUUCACUUGUCUGUCAGUUACCUGGUAAGAAUUUUUUUACAGGAUUUCAAAGCAUCUAUUCUUAGCUUUAUAAAAUAAAAUGGGAAAACUUGGCAAGUAUCUUGAAGUAGUGAGGUUAAUCAAGUGUGUGUGAUGGAGGUACAAUAAAAUGUACUGUUUUUCAGGAUAAAAUAUUACAGGAAUUUUUUUUGACAUCUGUAUAUUUAGCAAAAAUAUAACCUAUCUUUAUGUUUAAAGAUAUUUUUCUAUAAUUAUUGUAAGGCAACAUGGAAUAUCUACUUUUCCUUCAAAAACUUGUCAAUGAAUUAUUUAGGGAAACAUAAUUAAAGAAAUAAAAGUAAUUUCUUAACA